UUUCAAGUUUCAUUUUGUAACUAUUCAUUAAUAAACCAAUUGUUUGAAAUCAAGUUUUCAAUUAUCAUUAAAAAACUUGUUAUUCUACGUUAUUUUCUGAUUUUACUAAUAUUUUAAAAACUGAUAUAAAAUAAAGAUUGUUCUUAUUCUUAUAUAUUUUAAGAAUUGAAGAUGAAGAGCACUAACUUAACGUCAAAUGUUAUAAAACAAAAACGCCAGUUAGAAACAACAUUUUAUGGAAACUUUUCAAAGCGUUCUAAUAUGGAUAAUGACAAUGAUUUCUUUGGCUUACCAUCUAAAGUAAAACAUAUGUUUAAGAAACACAAAAAAAUUACACAACUUUAUGAUUGGCAAAUUGAAUGUUUAAACUUAGAAGCUGUUAAAAACCGAACAAAUUUGAUUUAUGCUUUGCCUACAAGUGGUGGAAAGACAUUAGUAGCUGAAAUUCUUAUGCUAAAAGAACUUUUAAUAUCUGAACGUAAUGUUUUAUUUAUUUUGCCAUAUGUAGCUCUAGUUCAAGAAAAGGUACAGUCUUUAUGUCCAUUUGGUCUCAAUUUAGAAUUCAAUGUUGAAGAAUAUGUUGGAGGCAAAGGCAAGCAUCCUCCAAUUCAACGUAAACGUAAAUCGACACUUUACGUAUGUACACUUGAAAGGGGAGCUGGAUUAGUUGAUUGUAUGCUGGCUGAUAAUGGACAAUUAGGUGGAAGAAGUGUUGGUAUGAUUGUAGUUGAUGAAUUGCAUCUUCUUGGUGAGCAAAAGAGAGGAGCUUUAUUAGAAACAACACUUACUAAAGUUCUCUAUUCUAAUUAUAAUAUUCAGAUAAUUGGUAUGUCUGCUACAAUUGGAAACAUGAAUGAAAUUGGUAACUUUUUAAAUGCCUAUGUUUAUACAAAAGAUUUUAGACCAGUUCAAUUAAAAGAAAGUGUUAAAAUCAAUCAGGAUAUAUUUGUGAUAAAUAAAGAUGUUGAUGGCUCUAUGAAAAUCAAACUUGAUAGAAAGUUGAAUUUUGACAUUUAUACAAGUGACAUGAAGCGAUUAGACCCAAGUGGUAUAGGGCUUCUUGUGCGUGAAAUAUUACCUAACGGUAGCUGCUUAGUAUUUUGUCCUACUAAGAGCAGUUGUCAAAGUAUUGCUAAAAUUAUUUAUAAAAGUAUUGGAAAAGAAGAAGCAUGUGUUCAACUUAAAGAAAAAGAAGAAUUAUAUAAAGCUCUUAAAGAAGAAGGUGAUGGAAAAGUAUGUCCACUGUUAACCAGAAGUAUCCUCUUUGGUGUUGCUUAUCAUAAUUCAGGGUUAACAAAUGCUGAAAGAAAACUGUUAGAAGAAGCUUUUCUUGGUGGUAUUAUCAAAUGUAUUUGUUGUACAUCUACAUUAGCAGCUGGUGUUAAUCUUCCAGCUCAAAGAGUAAUAAUAACAUCUCCAUUUGUGGGACGAGAUUUUAUGAAACAAAGUACUUACAGACAAAUGGUAGGACGUGCUGGUAGAGCAGGGUUGACAGAAAGUGGCGACAGUGUAUUAUUGUGUCAAGAAAAUGAUAAAGAAAAGAUUAAAAUAUUACUUGAAAAUGGUGUUGAACAUAUUGAUAGCUGUCUUGGCACUGAAGAAAACAUAGUUUAUUCGAUGAUAUUAAGUUCUAUUAGUACAGGAUGUACAUCUAGUCAAGAACAAUUAGUAAACCUGAUGAAAUGCACACUUUUUAUAAAACAAGCUGAGAAAUACAAUGAUGAAUGUACAGUUGCAUCUGAUUUAAUAGAAUCGUGUUUAGACAAAUUGAGAUCACUAAAUGCAUUCAAUAAGCCAGUAGAACGUACAUUAAAAUUAACACCAAUUGCAAAUGCAGCAGUUGCUGCCAAUUUGGAUAUAUUAGAAGCCCAAAAGUUGUACACAGAAUUGAUAGAAGCAUCAAGUGCAUUAUUAUUAAUAAACAAACUUCAUUUAUUAUAUUUAGCUGUUCCAUAUACAGAGUGUAUUACAUUAGAACGUCAAUAUGUUUUGGAAAUAAUGACGAACUUAAAAGGGGACCAGCAAGCAUUGGCUAACCGAUUGGGGAUAAAUGAGUUAUGCAUAUCACAGUUUAUUAGCUAUGGAAAAAUCAAAAAUAUUUCAGAAAUAAUUUGGAAUAAGUUUAUCAUGAGUUUGAUUUUGAAUGAUUUGUGGAAUAAAGAAUCUAUUUGGACAGUCUCCAAAACAUAUAAUUUGUCUAGGGGAACAAUACAUUCUUUUUUAUCUAGAACUGCAUCUCAUGCUUCGUCAAUAUUAAGAUUUACAGAAGCAUUACAAGAUAAGAAGUUGGAUCAUUUUCCAAUGUUAUUCCAAAAUAUUAUUCCUAAACUAAAUAUUGGAGUUUUAGGAUAUUCAUCAGAUCUUGAAUCUUUAAUGAGUUUACCUUCAGUAAGAUUUGGUAGAGCAACUCAACUCUAUAAAGCAGGCUAUAAAACAUUGAAUGAUGUAGCUAAAGCUAAUAAAAAAAAAUUAUGCAAUGAUAUUAGUCAUUUGUCAAUAAAAGUAGCUCGUGAAAUGAUUGCAUCUGCUAAACUAAUGUUAUUAUCAAAAGCAGAAGCACUUGAAGAAUUAGCUGAAAGUUUAAGGGCUGAUCUUAACCAAUCAAUUUCAAAAGAUAAAGAAAAUAUAUUAUGGUUUUGAAAUACAUGCUAGGUACAUAUCUAAUCCAUAUAAAAUUUAGUUUCUUGUGGUAACUUAAUUAGACUGAUUAAAUAAAAAUUUGUGAAAAGUUGUUUUGAUUAUUUAU